CCACAUACGACGUGCAUCUUUCCCAUCUUUGACGCCAUAUUGAUACCGAAACAUCAAGGCCACAAGCUACAUCAUGGAGCUCACUCUGCUUUUGAUGGUAAUCUCGAACUUCGUUCUCUCGGCGUUGUCCAUUACCAAUCUUGGAUUGAUCAGUUCUAUGGUUGGGUUCCUACACGGUCAAAAGAACCAUGUCCACAAUUACCAAGUGAACUGGCCCGGUCAGCCAUCAUCCCAAUUGUUCGUCGAGCCGAAGAAUCUUUGGGUAGACCAAGGACACACAAGUAACGGUGCAGCUGGAUAUGGGUUCUUCCUCGGUCUAUACGGCCUGUUCGUCGCAUGGUGGUUGCGACGUAGGCAAUCAACAGUACAUUUCGACAUCCUAUCAAACACUGGGCAUCAUACUUACAGCAAACAGAGCCAAUCGAGAGUACUCCUAUCCCUUGUGAUCCUCCAGUUCCUCGCAGUACUCUUCACACUGUCGGCCCUCAUCUUUACCUUUGUCGUCACGAACCAGACACAAGGGCAGUCGAUCCUUCCUAGUGUUGCACGCCCAGACGUACCGUAUCCUGAUCACUGGUGGACGCCCGAGACGUGGUUCAAGGCGGUACUCGACACUCCUCUUGCGUCUCAAGGGCAUCGCAACAGCAUCUCUUCGGCUGUCACCCACAUGGUGGCGUGGCGGUGGAUAUUGAUCCCGAUUUUCCUCACCGAUAUCGUCGUAUUCGGAAUCUCGUCGUGGGUUCUGCUCAAGCAACGAAAGGGUGCGAGACAUACCCUAGUUCCUGAGUAUAUUCAGGAUAAAUGA